AUGGCCAGGAAUGAUGCUGCCUCUCGAAUCGGCUCCGUUGCGAGCUCUUCGACAGACAGUGCGCGGUCCGCUGCGACCGUGAAGCCCUUGCCGGCCACGCCAUCUUCCAGCAACAGCCUCGACACCAAAAGCAAGACCAAAAUCAACAAGGACGACUCGCUCGCUUCCCGAAGGCCUGGGGCGCCUUCACAGCUGAAGCGGGACGAGAACGGGAAGCUCGCCAGUGACCCAGCUCCGCUGGACGAAGGCCAGCUCUCCCCGACCUCGGGGCCGCGCAUGCCCCGGUCGCCGACUUCAAACUCUUAUAGCAAUACCUCUGCCCGUGACCAGCGCAGAAUGAGCGACUUGACCAAUUACCGCCGCGACCUCGCGGUCCUUGACUCCUCUGGCAACCGUGGCCCCAGUACCCAGCACGGCACACCCGCCACCGGCCCUUCAUCCAGCUUGAGAAACAUCGCUCCGUGGAUGUCGUCGAACGGCGGUAGUGGCUCGACGCCUGCGAGCAGUAGCGGGGGCGCGUUGCCGACGAGCUUCUAUAACGACUCGAGCGACAAUAUCUCUAUCGCCUCUCAGCUCUCGCCUAGCUUCAACACAGGACCUCGGCCGAGCCAGACCUCUGUCAGCUUCGAUUCUCCCGAUGCACCUUACUUUGACGACCAGCGGAGGCCGUCCCUCGCAAGCAUCACGACCACAGCGAGCAGUCAGGGCUCGAAGGCGAGUGGCACAAGGGGUGGAAUGAGAAAGCUUCAAGGUUUCUUCGGCGAGGAGUUUCCCGGCCGAGAAUCCUCUGAUGCAAGCACGCCGCCUGCUGUCCCGGGAAAGGACUCACGGUCGCUCUCCUAUAGCCAGGGCAGGCCGCAGCGGGAUCGCAACUACUCUAAUGCUACCGACCACACCAGGGAUGCGUCUCCUUCCUCCUCGCGACCUCGAACGCCGGCACCAAAUCCGGAGGUCCUCCCUUUCCUCUACCAAGACUCAGAGGACAUAGCACGGUACGGUGAAGCGCCCGUCCGAGAUAUCCUUAGUGGGCCAGACCGAGAACGCUACAUGCCCGACAACUCCACGCAAAUACCACCCAAGACAUCCUCCUCGUCACGCUCGGGCCACUCUAUCGUGCACCUACCAGGUCAUCAUCACCGAUAUAAUAAGAGUAAUGAUGAUCCCCGGGCGCUGAGGCCAACGACUAGCCGCGAAGACUCGACCGUCAGCGUGCCGCAGUCUCGCACUGGCACCCCCCUAUAUAGUAAGAUGUCGCGAGCGCCGAGCCCGACACCGAGCGGCCACGGCACCAUACCCACACCAGUCGCCUCCAAGUCAAUGCCGGUAGACGACGUGUCGCCGGGUCACCACAAGAAGGGCCUGCUGGGCCGCCUGCGGAGGAACCACAAGGAGAAGGAGGAACACCAUCACCUAAAGAAAGUCGGCUCAGUGGCAUCGCAUACGCUGUCCGCGCGACCAUCCCGAACAGAAUUCCCCCGAACAGAAAGCUUUGGGCAGUCGGCACCGGCUCUACCUGGACGCAUAAUUGAGCCCACCGAUUCUCCUUCGUUGCGGCCUGCCGGGGGCUCGCGACAGCCUACCUUUAAUAAUAAGUUCCCCUUCCACAAGAAGGGUAAGGGACACCGGUACAAUGACGAGACCGAAGAAGCCGUCGGCCCUACGGAGGGCAAGAAGGAUGGGAAGGCAUUCUUCUUAGAUACCGACCUGGAGAACAUGGAAGGCAUCUUGAGCCGGCCAUUGCCCCUCACGCCCAUGGAUGCGGAGAUACUCAAGACGAAUGCCGAAGCCGAGAAACAGCGGAAGCCGUCAGAGUCGUCGCAGAUAACAUUGCCACCGCCGGCUGCCAAUAUACCCGGAGGCCCCAAUGGCGCGUGGAAUGCCCCCGACAGUUGGGCAGUCCGGCGUACUGCCGAUGAGAUCGCGGCCCAACAGAUCCCCGAGAUCGAGGAGUUUGGCAGUCCGCCUCGCCCUGGGGAGAAGAUGACGCAGUACUGUAUUCGUGUCUUCAAGUCGGACGGCACAUUUGCAACACUGCAACUGCCUCUCGAUGCUGCCGUCUCCGACAUGAUUUCGAAUCUGGCCAGAAAGGCGUUCACGGAGAACCUGAAUUAUCACAUCGUCUUCAAGAGGCACGAUCUCCUCCGCAUCCUCGGCUCAGGCGAGCGGCCGCUCCUGAUACAAAAGCGGCUCCUCCAGCAGGCGGGCUACGAAGAUAACGACCGGAUAGAAGAUCUCGGUCGCGAGGACAACAGCUAUCUCUGCCGUUUCCUGUUCCUGUCGGCACGCGAAAGUGACUUCCAUGCCAAGACACACGACCUUGGCCUUGGCAGGUUGCAGAAGUUCAAUCACGUUGAUCUUUCUGGCCGGAAUCUCGUCACCAUCCCUAUCACUUUGUACUCCAAAGCUGGCGAAAUCAUCUCGCUCAACCUGUCUAGGAACUUGUCGCUAGAUGUACCCAGGGACUUCAUCUCGAGUUGCCAGAACCUACGCGAUGUCAAGUUCAACAACAACGAGGCCAGGAAACUACCCCCAAGUCUGGGUCGCGCAAGCAAGCUCACCUAUCUCGACGUUUCCAACAACCGCCUGGAGCAGUUGGAACAUGCUGAGCUGAACGGACUGGCUGGUCUUCUGAAGCUGAACUUGUCGAACAACCGCUUGAAAUACCUACCGCCUUACUUUGGAGCCUACCACUCCUUGAGGACACUCAAUCUCUCCUCGAAUUUCCUGGAGAAGUUUCCUAGUUUCCUCUGCGAGCUGGAGAGUCUUGUGGACCUCGACAUGAGUUUCAACCUCAUCGCCCAUAUACCCGAGGACAUUGGCAGGCUUCAGAACCUAGAAAAGUUUGUCAUCACCAACAACAGGCUCAGUGGCACCCUACCGCAGCAUUUUGAUAAGCUCUCGAGCCUGCGCGAGCUGGAUAUCAAGUUCAACGCUAUCACCGCCAUAGACGUGAUCUCGCACCUGCCCAAGCUCGAGAUCCUCACGGCAGACCACAAUGCCAUCUCCCAGUUCACCGGCUCCUUUGAGAGGAUACGAAGCCUCAAGCUGAAUGCCAACCCGAUCACAAACUUCAUCCUGAACAUGCCUAUUCUGACGCUGAAGAAUCUGAAUCUCUCCAACUGCCAACUGGCCAGCAUAGACGAGUCCUUUAACAACAUGACGAGCCUAGAGAGGCUAGUACUUGACAAGAACUACUUCGUCUCCUUACCAAAUCAGAUCGGCAACUUGCGAAGGUUAGAGCACUUUAGCAUAGCGCACAAUUCAGUGGGCGAGCUUCCCCAGGAGAUCGGAUGCUUGACUGAAUUGCGGGUCCUGGAUGUGCGAGGAAACAACAUCCGGAAGCUGCCCAUGGAAAUAUGGUGGGCUAACAAGCUGGAGACACUUAACGCAUCCUCGAACGUCUUGGAGAAUUUCCCCAAGCCGGCAUCAAGACCGCCGCAAGCGCCCAAUGGUGACUCACCACGGAUCGGUCUUAAUAGCAGGUCAAACACAGUUGGAACGCUCUCUGCAACCCCUAGUGAGGAGGAGAUUCAUCUCGAUGCCCUGAGGAGACCGAGUCAGGCGUCAAGCACACUGCUGAGUGUGGGCCCCUCUCCCGUGCCGCCCGGUCCCGAUAGGAAGGGCUCCGUGGUCUCUGUGUACGGUAAGGGCGGACGCAAGACGUCGGUUGUGUCCAGGGCGACGACGACUAACCAGAGCGGCUCCAUGACACCCUCGGCCAACUUGAGGAAAGACUCGGGGUUGUCCGCCCGCCUGAUUAAUACCUUCGCUGGCUCCCUGCGCAACCUCUACCUCGCAGACAACCAGCUGGACGACGACAUCUUUGACCAGAUAACCCUCCUUGCGGAGCUCCGCGUCCUGAAUCUGUCGUACAAUGACCUGAGCGACAUGCCCCAGCGAUCAAUCAAGAACUGGCCGCAGCUCGUUGAACUCUACCUUUCCGGCAAUGAACUUGCCAGCCUGCCUGCCGACGAUCUGGAGGAAUACAGCCUGCUCCAGGUUCUGCACAUCAAUAGCAACAAGUUCACUAACCUGCCCGCCGACAUCUCGCGCGCCAAGAAACUAGCAGUACUUGACUGUGGUAGCAACUUCCUCAAGUACAACAUCUCCAACGUGCCUUACGACUGGAACUGGAAUCUCAACCCCAAUCUGAGGUUCCUCAAUCUAUCGGGCAACCGCCGGCUUGAGAUCAAGCAGACGGUGUUUGGGGCCGGCGCCGCGAAUCGCGAGCAGUACACCGACUUCAACCGGCUGAUGAACUUGCGUGUCUUGGGCCUGAUGGAUGUCACCUUGACGCAACCUAGUAUUCCUGAUCAGAGCGAAGAUCGCCGUGUCCGGACGUCAGGCUCGCUCGCCGGCUAUUUACCGUACGGCAUGGCUGACACUCUCGGCAAGAAUGAGCAUCUGUCCACGAUCGAUCUCGUAGUGCCGCGCUUCAACUCCUCCGACACCGAGACGCUGCUGGGUCUGUUCGACGGCCAGGCGCUCUCGAGUGGGGGUUCGAAGAUCGCCAAGUACCUACACGAGAACUUUGGCCACAUCUUCACCAUGGAGCUCAAGGCGCUCAAGACUCGCAAGGAUGAGGGGCCCAAGGACGCCCUCAGGCGUGCGUUCCUAUCCUUGAACAAGGAUCUGAUCACUAUCGGGCUGCAAACCAACGAGGAGCGACCUCUGAUGUCACAUCGCGGCUCGGCUGCCGCACCAAUGGUGCUGAGCAAAGAGGAUCUCAACUCCGGCGGUGUCGCUACGGUGGCUUACCUUCAGAGCCAAGAGCUCUACGUCGCCAAUGUGGGCGAUGCUCAGGCGAUGCUCAUCUCCAACGAUGGCAGCCACAAGUUCUUGACCAAGAAGCACGAUCCCGCGGAGCCCAGCGAGCGGUCGAGGAUUCGAGAUGCGGGAGGCUGGGUCUCGCGCAACGGCCGCCUCAACGAUCUGCUCGAGGUAUCGAGGGCGUUUGGGUAUUCCGAUCUCAUGCCUGCCGUCAUGGCGGCUCCCAACAUCCAUCACGUCACCGUCCGCGAGCAGGAUGAGACUGUCCUGAUUGCUACCCGAGAACUUUGGGAGUACCUCAGCCCCGGUCUGGUCGUCGACAUUGCACGGCAGGAGAGGGGCGACCUCAUGCGGGCUGCGCAAAAGCUUCGUGACCUUGCCAUGGCGUAUGGUGCGACUAACAAGCUUAUGGUCAUGAUGAUCAGCGUCGCCGAUCUGAAGAGGCGGAAUGAGCGUUCACGACUCCACCGUGGCCAGAGUAUGUCACUGUACCCAUCUGGUGUUCCUGACGAAGCCCAGUUCCAGCCUGCCAGGCGCCUCAAGAAGAAGUGCGAAGUGCUCGACUCGACACUCCAACGUCUCGAGGCCGAGGUGCCCGCGCCCACAGGCAUGAUCGCCAUCGUCUUCACCGACAUCAAGAAUUCGACCAAUCUGUGGGAGACUUACCCGGCAGCCAUGCGCUCGGCUAUCAAGCUGCACAACGAGGUGAUGCGGCGGCAACUGCGUCGCAUUGGUGGUUUCGAGGUCAAGACUGAAGGCGAUGCUUUUAUGGUCUCCUUCCCUACAGCCACUUCGGCACUGCUGUGGUGCUUCGCCGUGCAGAUGUCGCUCCUCGAGGUCCCCUGGCCAUCAGAGAUGCUCAACUCGGUAUCGUGCCAGCCCAUGGUCGACAAGGACAAUAAUGUUAUCUUCAAGGGCCUGUCGGUGCGCAUGGGCACCCACUGGGGCGAGCCGCUCUGCGAGCCUGAUCCCAUCACCCGCCGCAUGGACUACUACGGCCCCAUGGUCAACAAGGCGUCGCGCAUCUCGGCGGUCGCCGACGGCGGGCAGAUCACGGUCUCGUCAGACUUCAUCUCGGAGAUCCAGCGCUGCCUCGAGACGUACCAGGAGAGUGCCCCCGGUGCUGACGACUUGUUCGAGGACGACACCUUUGCCCAGGCUAUCCGCAAAGAGCUCCGGUCGUUGUCGUCGCAGGGUUUCGAGGUCAAGGAGAUGGGCGAGAAGAAGCUCAAGGGCCUCGAGAACCCCGAGGUCGUGUACUCGCUCUACCCGCACGCGCUGGCCGGCCGCGUCGACGCGCACCAGGCGCACGACCGGCAGGUCAACGAGCUGGCGGUGGGGGCCCCGGCCAACAAGAUCGCGACGCGGGAGCCGGGCGUCGAGAUCGCCGUCGAGCCCGAGGCCAUCUUUGCGCUGUGGCGGGUCAGCCUGCGGCUCGAGAUGCUGUGCUCGUCGCUGGAGGAGGUCAGCGGGCGGGGGCUGCAGCCGCCCGAGACGGAGCUGCUGGAGCGCAUGAAGCAGCGCAGCAGCGAGAUGACGGAGCGGUUCCUGGUCAACUUUAUGGAGCACCAGGUCAGCCGGAUCGAGACGUGCAUCACGACGCUCUCGCUGCGGCACAUGGCCGCGGGCGGGGGCCACCUCGCGCAGCUCGGGGACCUGAGGGCGCCCAUGUCGGACGUCAUGCAGAGCGUCGCGGAGCAGCUGGCCGAGCUGCAGCGGUACAAGGCGCUGUUUGGCGAGAUCGGGCCGGCCCAGGUCCAGGGGGUGGUUGUUGUUGACGAUGAUGGGGAUGAAGGGUUUGAUGAGGGGGAAGACGACUCCGAGGGCGGGAGCGAGACGGAGUGA